AUGGAAGUUACUAUAGAAACACCAUCUGAGAUCACUAAUGAGAUUGAGAUGGAGGCUGCUGCUUUGCCUACACCACCUCUGAUAGAGCAGAGGGUGGAGCUGACAUUGUUACUAAUGAGAGAGCCAUGGAGUGAAGAGCUAUCCGACCCCACAAGCAAUGAACAUCGCAGACUUGCUCAGCAGUUCACGGAGAAGAUUUCAGCUGCUUUGGAGAAACUGGCAGAAUUCAAGAGUGUAUUAGUGCUGGAUGUCAGGCCACAGAUUGAUUCAUCAAGUGGUGCAAAGGCAGUGCUGGUGGAUUAUGUUGUGUACCUCCAGACCAGCAGUGAAGAGAUCAGCAGCGAGACACUGGACUUCAUUAAUCUCCAAUCAAACAUGGUAGAGGGCACCUUUAGAGAUUAUGAAAAGCCCACAAUCCAGUACACUUUUAGUGACCUCCACCCUUACAUCACAGAUGCCCUGCAUGUGGAAACAUCUCCGAAGGGAACCCAUCCUACAGUGGAAUCUCUGGACCCGGACCACAAGGAUGAAAUUGUACCUGUAGAAAAAGUAAAUUAUCUUACUGAUGGAGUGACCAAAGAGCUAUUUAUCAUUGAUGACCUGUUGGGACCUACAAUGUCAGAACAGGAAGGAAUGGGAAAGCAUGAGGUCAUAAUUCUAGAUGAGGACACAUCACUCUUCAUUGACCAUCCCAGCAGUAGUUUCUCAGAGGAUAUUGAAGACAAGGACUUGUUGUCACCAUCACCCCCCAGCAAGAGUCCUUCUGUGGUUGGUGAAACUGUUAGCCACUUUACCGACUACAAGCAAUACAGCGAUGUCACAACAUCUGACCUUGAUCCCGCUUCUGGUUCUGGUGCAGGAGAAGACGAUUGGCCAUGGGUGACUGUACUUCCUACUGAGGUUAAAGUGCCAGUUAAAGCGACAGAAGGUGACAAAGAGGUUUUGAUUCAUGUAGACACACCCCUGGUAGGUGAUUAUGAAUUCUCCACCAUUACAACAAUAACAGAUGUGGUUAAGGAAGACCAGAUUUUGCCUGAGAAAACACCUGGACUGAUGAAUGUUGAAGCUGGAGGGGAUGGAGACCUUCAAGUUGUUAGUGAUACACCUACAAUGCCUCCUGUUAAAGUGGAAGAGACAAAAGUUACCCCAGAACCCAAGGUAGACCUCAUACUUCCUGAAGACGAAGAGAUGUCAGAGGAAGACAACAAGGAGGGAACUGCUCUAUUAGAAACACGAAAGGACGAGGAAGCUGAAGUUGCUGUAAUUGCAAUGAAGGAAUUAGAGGAGGUUGAAGAAAGGGAAGGAAAUGAUUUUGUACUAACAACAGAUGUUUCACCUAUACAGUUUUCAGAAGAAGAUCUAACAGAAGAUGAGAUCCUGGUGGUCACCAUUGAAACUGCAGACCCCGUCAACCUGACACCUCUUUCUCCGGAGAAAGAAUCACCCUUCACCCUCAUCACCAUGAUGACCCCUGGGGCGGUGGAGUUAGAGUCUACCUUAAACUCUGAAGUCAUAAGUGCAUCUCUGGAUUACAAUGUGAUCCAUCUCAGAGAGGAGGAGGGCAGUGGAAUCCCUGGUGUCUUCCAGGGUGAUGAGCUGUCCAAUUUUGCUAUACCAACUAAACCUGGGCGUGCUUUGAUAGUCUUUUUCAGUCUUCGUGUAACUAACAUGAUAUUCUCUGAGGAUCUGUUCAAUAAGAGCUCUCCAGAAUACAAAGCCUUGGAACAGCGGUUCAUUGAACUGCUGGUGCCAUAUCUUCAGUCAAACCUCAGUAAUUUUGAGAACUUGGAGAUCCUAAACUUCAGGAAUGGAAGUAUUGUCGUGAACAGUCGAAUGAAGUUUGGGAAGCCUGUUCCUCAAGGAGUCACCACUGCUGUUUACCUCAUUCUGGAGGACUUCUGCAACACUGCUUACCAGACCAUGAAUCUCGCCAUUGACAAAUAUUCACUGGAUGUAGAAUCAGGUGAACAGGCAGACCCAUGCAAGUUCCAAGCAUGUAAUGAGUUUGCAGAGUGCACAGUGAACCGCUGGUCAGGUGAGGCCGAAUGUGUGUGUAAUGCUGGUUAUUUCAGCGUGGAUGGACUACCCUGCCAGAGCAUCUGUGACCUGAAGCCUGACUUCUGCCUGAAUGAUGGGAAAUGUGAUGUCAUUCCUGGCCAAGGAGCUAUCUGCAGAUGUCGUGUGGGGGAGAACUGGUGGUACAGAGGGGAACAUUGUGAAGAAUAUGUAUCUGAGCCACUCGUAGUAGGCAUUGCGAUAGCAUCUGUUGCCGGGUUCCUGCUUGUGGCAUCAGGAGUAAUCUUCUUUUUAGCAAAAACUUUAAGAGACCAGUAUGAUGAUGACAAGGAUGAGAUGGAGGAUCCAAUACGGAGAGGGGACAGUAUUCCGUCAUUAGACAGGGCCACUAAGUAUAACCCUAUGUACGAGAGUGAUGUAAUGACAGGCUACAGCCAUUACUACCGGCGGUACCCUGACCCACCAAUCCACAGCAGCGCCAGUGCUGAGGCAUCCUCAGGCUUCAGCAGUGAAGAGAUACGCCAUAUUUAUGAGAACAAUGAGCUCACCAAGGAGGAGAUUCAAGAUCGUAUUCGCAUCCUUGAGCUCUAUGCAAGAGAUCGUCAGUUCGCAGACCUUUUGCGGCAGCAUCAAAUAACAAUGGAUAAUCGCAGAGAAAGUUCCUCCACAUAGACAACACAUGCCAGCUGAGUGCAAUAGGAUGAAGGUGAUUAUAAUGAGAUAAUAUGGGAACUGCAUGUUAUAGAGAAACAAUAUGCUAAGUGUCUCUAAUGUUGCAACUUUCAAACCAAGCUUGAACUAGCGUUAAGGCCACUUUUAACCCUGUUUAAGCAAGUUUUCAUACUUAACAGUGGUUUAGCACAGAAGGGAACAUUUGAUUCCUCUUGAAAUUAUCACUUUAAAACCACUUGUGUGCUCGUUGUGUAUUCAUUGUAUAAAUGUGCAAUCAAUGUUAUUUACCUCAUAAAUAUGUAAAUAAGAGGCAAUCCAGAUUUAACAAAUAUACAGUGUAAAGCUUCGGAACUUGACUACCCAGGAUUAAUUGCAAACCAUGGGUAAUGUACGAAUAGUGUGAAACAUAAAACAAGGUUAAAAAUGACCCUGGGUUUGCAAAUUAAAGUGUGAAAAGAACUUGCUUUUACCUCUUCCAGAAACUUGCCUUGUCUUUGGGAAAUGGCAUCUCAGUGAUUCCACAACGAUUUCUGUUAUCAGCUGUUCAUCUUUUCUUAGAGAUGUAUCUGCAGAGCUUAAAAUGAGGUUUAAGAAAGAAAAAGCUGUGUUUUGUUCCUUUUAUUAUUCGCUUUUGUUUUCUUUGAUUUUUAUAUUGUUAAAGAUCAUAUACGUUUUUCCAGUCAUCGAACAGGAUCGCAUCACAGACAGUAUCCUUGUUGGUGGUGGAAAUGUUAUGUCAGUGCCUUCUAAUCUGUGUUCUAAUGGCUGUGAUUAAGCUCUCAGCCAAUCAGUCUUUAGUAUUCAGCGAAAAAGGCCUGCCCAGACACAGGGCCCACCCACUUUUUGUAUCAAAUACUAUUAAUGUUGUAGUACUUGUAGUACAUGAUAUGAUUUUUUUCUGGGGAACUUCUAUAGUUUCACUGCUUGUUAGAGAUUUCAAGUUGUUAUGUGUCUUGAUGAACCAGACAGUUUAUUUAGAUGUUUAUUUAUAGAAAUGUGUUUAGUGAAUUUCAACCAAAACUUACAAAGCAAUAACAAAAAAGGUUGCCUCUUAUUAUGUGCCCAUUUAUGAAGAAAACAAUGCAAACUCUGACAGCUAAAACAGUAGAUUUGCUUGUGUGAGUAUAAGACUUAUUUUUAUAUUAUGUAAUCAUUAUUUAACCUGCCCUUAAAUAUGUGGGUCUUGCCAAAGUCCCUUAAAGGCAAGUCAGUCUGCCAUCUUGGCAAUGACCACGGGCAGCUAUUUUUUAUCUAGGCAAUAGGAAUGCAAGGUUAUAUCCUAUUUACCUGAACAGGUAAAGAAUUAAAUCUCAAACUGUUUGUCAAAAUGACAAACAAUA